AUGAAACCAGGGAACCGCGGGCGGCGCAACAGGCUGUUGCUUCUGCCCGUGGCUCUCUUCCUCCUGCGUCGCCUUCUGACGCGGAUGCGACGUCGUGUCGACACCGGCGCAGCCUCCACUGCUCGACGCGUGAAGAACGAUGCGGUGCCGAGGGCUCCCGAGCGGCUGAGCAGCAGCCUGCGCAGCUUUGAUGCGGUCCUGGUGUUGGGACCACGCAAGGUUACCAGGGACUUGUUGGAACUUUGGAGCCAAAUUCCUUUCACUGCCAUUCUCACCGAAGAUUGGAGUGGCGAGUUCGAAGACUUCUUUCCACAUUCCGUGGGGAAGAACUUUGGAGGUUUUGCUACGGUCCUCUCCAAGCCACGUGUGGAUAAACCUCCGGGUGAUUCGCGGCCGGUGCUGAGGUUGGAUGGCCUUGGUACGAAGGAUGUCGAGGAUGAUGAGCCGCCCAUCCUGAUCUUUUUGCGCGAUCUUUUUCAGUCCAAAGUGGCCCUUCUCUGUGGUUGGCCGGAGACCAUUCCUCAAGGCCUUGUUGGACGUGCGCUGCAGGAGGCCUGGCAGCUCACCGUGGCGCGCGACGCGCGGCGCCGCGAAGCCUUAGCCUUCGCGCUGGGGCGAGCUGAAGCGGUAGAGGCGGGUGUCCACAUCUUGCCGACCGACGACGCCACGGAGCUGGCGUUCUUCGAGGCGCUGGCGGAGAUGUCGAGCGAGUCGAGCGAUGGCUGCGGAGAGGAAAAAGAGGCGGACGUCGCACAUUGGAAUACCAUAGGCGAUGACUAG